AUGGACAACUUAUUUGAAUAUGUAAAGCAGUAGCUAUUGUGUGAAAAAGAAAUCAUAUAAAAUGUAUAUGAUUUGUUAUAGUUACUCAACUCAGAGUUUGCUAGAGAACUUUUAGAUAAAUAAUAAGGAGAUUUUAUUAUAACAUAUUACUUUUCACGGUAGUCAAGGAUAAAGAAAUUUAAUAAAGUAUCAGAUGAACUAAUAAAUUAAAUUUAUAAAUAUAGAAAUUAUAAUUAUAUGAUGCAAAAUUAGUUUGAUAAGAUUAUGCAGGCAAUAACUAUGAGUAAAACAUUGCAAAAUGAAGAAUAAAGCUAUCAAUUUUCAGAUAUACUAGAUAUUGGUACUAUGUUUAAAUUGCUUGAGUUAGAUUGGAUAAAAAGGCAUAAUAUGACAAAAAUGCUUUCUUAACCUUAAACAAAUAAAAAAAUUGAAUAGAUUAAUUUGAAGGAAAUUAAUUAAAUCUCAAAUAAUUAAAAUUAUUUAUUAACAGACAAAGACUCAAGUUUGUAGCUAUACUCAAAUUUAAAUGAUUUAACUAAUACUAAAAAUAAGAAUAUUAAUGAGGACCUAACUAAAUUAUAAAAAGAUAGUUUUAUUAUUGAAAUAGGACCACAAAAGUUUAUUAAUUAAGGAGAAGAAGAAAUAAAAGACUCUCAAUAAAAUAAUUUAGAUUUUAAUUGUGAAGAGGUUGAUAAAAUUAUUUCAAAAAACUAGUAGAAGUGUCUUGAGUUUUUUAAAUCAAUUAAAGAAACUUGGAAUUUUGAAGAUUUAAAGUAAGGUUAUUUUGAAGAUAUAUAAGAAAAAUGUAUUUUCCAUCAUACUUUGAGUGAAGAAUAAAUUAAAAUCUUAAAUAAAUAUGAAUAAUCUAUCACAAAAUGCAGAAAUAAAAUUAAAGGUAAUUAGAAAGUUUAAUCUCGAAAACUUUAAUCUUAAAAUUAUGAGAGCUAAGGUGAAAAUGAAUAAUAAGAUGAAAAAUUAAAUGGCAAUAAAUAAAUUAAAUUAGAAGGGUAAGAUAAUAAUUCUUAAAAGUAAUAAAAUGCUAGUGAUUAAAAGAUAAAAAAAAAAAGAGGAGGGUUUAGAAAAAGAAGGAAUCAAGUAAAUCUGGAUCAAAGUUAAUAAGAUGCUUAAUAGAGCAUAAAAAACGAAAACUAUUAAGUUUAAAGUUAAAAUUAAAAUUUGAAAGAAAGCUCUAAAGAUAUACACAAUUAAAAUGAGUAGCUUAAUCAAGCUAUUUGCUCUGAACAAGUUGAAACUACUGAUUCAAAUGAAGUUAGUUAGCAAAGUUAGCUCAAUUAAGAUAAGAUGCAAAUAGAGGAAAGCUAUUUUUAGAAUCAUAAUAAUAACACCGAAAUUAAAUCAAGCGAACAACAAUAAAAUAGAUUAGUUUAAGAGUUUAAUAAAAUUGAAUAAGAAUAGUUUGAAUAAAAUGAAAAUAAUUUACUAAAUCAUAAGGUUGAUAGUAGUAAGAUAAAAUAGCUAAAGGUAGAAGAAAAUAAUUUUUAACUCUAAAGCCCCUUACAAAUUUAAUUUUAAGAUAAAUUUAGUAACUUUUAACCAUACUCAUUCAUAAAUUCUCCUUUUCCCUAAUAAUUUAAUUGCAAGAUUGAAUAAUUUUAAUUAGAAUAAUUGAAUUAUCAAAAUAUUUAAAUGAACAACUCUGAAUAAGAAUAACAGAAAAAUGAAAAGUUAAGCUAUGUAUAAAAUGAUUAUAAUACCACAAUAAUAGAUGAAGUCAAAGCAAGGGAAUUAAUAGAUAAUAAUUUGUUUGAGAAUAUUUAAUUAAAUUUUGAAAAUAAUAACUUUGAAAAUGUUUAAAAAAAUGUAAGCAAUUAACUAAAUUAUGAAGAUGAAUAUGUAAAAUAAUAAUUAGAAUAAAAUAAAAUAACUCAUGUUGAUGAUAAUUAAAAUAUUAAUGAUUAAAAUUUUUAGAUUUCUUAAGAAUUAUUUAAAAUAAAAGAGGAGAGCUAACUUAUAAAUGAAACAUAAGUUCUGUUAAACAAUACAAGUAAUUAAAAUUAGAUUAAAAAUAAAGAUGAAAACAAAUAAGAAUACAUGGAUUUACAAAGUAACCUUAACGAAAAUAAAGAAUUCAGAUAUUAAGAUUUGAUAAUAGAAGAAGAAGAAAGUUAAAUAUUAGAAAAGUUAAUACAAACGGGAAAGUUAAAUAAAUCUCAUACUCAAGUAAAUGAUGAAAAAGUUAUUUUGGACAAAAAUAAAUCUAAAGAAAAAGAUAUCAGUGAUAUUUCUAACUAAGCUGAAAAUGCAUCAAGUCCAAAAGACUCACCAAUCAAAUUAAGAAUGGUUGAUAUUUUUGAGUUAAAAAGUCAAUCAAAUAAUAAUAUUUCUAAUUAAAACACGUCUACUGAAAAAUAAUCUGAGCUUAUAUCUUAGAAAGUUAAAUCACCUAAUAAAAUUUAAAAAAUGAAUAAGGAAAAGAGGAAAAAGAAAAUAGGAAAAACAUUCAAAGAGUUAACUUUGCAAGAGCUUGAAAUAAUCAAAAAAUCUUCUCUCAAAGAUGCUUCAAAUUUAGCAAAAUAAUUGGGAAUGAGCUAUUAAACUAUGAGGAAAGUUAUUGCUAAAGUCUAAAAUGGAAACAAUAAAUGA